AGUGGUAUUGGUCAGUGAUCUGAACGUCAGAGCAGGGCCGGCGUCGUCGCGGCUAUUUUUUUUUCCCCCUUCGCUUCGUCGUUCGACUUUUUCUCUCUCUCUCUCUCUCUUUAUUUAUUUUCUUAUUGUUAUUUUCCCCUUUUUUAAAAAUUUUUUUUUCUCCUUCGCGAAAAAUCACAUCGCUCAUAAAAAACCUCGUCGAGUUUUUACUCUUUUGUCAUCGUAAAUAAUUUCUUUUUUUUUUUUUUUUUUUACAUUUUUAAUAUAAUUAUUUCCUAAAAAAAUCUUAACGUUCCUGUUUAGUCGUUUCGGUUACUCGUUGGAAAUGUAAUAAUCGAAUAUACGUAUAUGUAUGCGUAUAUGAAGGGACAAAAAAUAAAGGGAUACAUAUUAGGUGCAUAUAUAUAUAUAUAUACAAUAAUAUAGUGUGCUACACAGUGGAGUUAACAGUGAAGAUAGGAAACAAUCGCUUUUUCUUCCGAGAUUUUUAGUACAAAUCUAAGCGGAGCAACGGAACGACCAGUGUUGAAGCGGCAGAACGAGUAUAUAUACGAGAGGAAAAAAAAAUAAAAUUAUCGGCGACCUUAUCGGGAUACGAACGAGAAGAAAGAAAACGAAAUUGGAGAACGAAUUAGUUUGCGAAGAAGAAAGAAAAAGAAUCGAUGAAAUGAAGUUUUCAAAUUAAACGCGAGCAUGGAGCAUAAAGAAGUGAAGUCGGAUUCGCAGGAGCAGCAACAACAACAACAAAAGGAACAGUAGCGUUGAGAAAGGGCCUGGAGGAGGUCCUGGAGAAAAGAACGGAAGUUACCCUCUCGAGGAGGACGAGAGGACGUCAUAGUCCGUCUAGGUUGGGCGGCUAAGACGAUGGCCGCAACUGACGGGCAAAUCGUCGUGGCGGCCGCACGUUGGGCCGAGGAAGCAACUUAUUUACGAGAAUUUGUCACUAAGUAUCGCUUGCCGGCUGUGAUCAAGAUAACUAAGGGUCAAUAUGGUGGGCUUGGUGUACCAACUUUGCCAGCACCGAGUCUUCAAAGCACGGCAUUGCUCCUAUCGGCUGGUCGUCGACGCAAAAUUGUAGCACAGGCUGUCAAAAUCAAGGAAGGACGCAGAGUCGUUGGAGUUGGACCAAGACUAGCUAUUCCAGAUUCUUACGCUGGAUAUUUUGAAAUUUUGAGCGAGGAAGGUCGAGCGGUUCGGGGAAUCGAGUCUGUGAACGAGCUAUCUCGAAGAUGCCCGGAGGAAGGAGCCUUGGUAAGAGAAACGGUACGUGGAAUAGCCUGCAGGGUAGAUGAUGAGUCUGGAAUCGUCGUGCCUGAAGGAACAAGAACUCUGGCCGCUGGUGAGACAAUUGUGACAGCCGGCGAGGUAGCAUUACCAGGUCGUGGACGAUUCCUACGAUGCGUCGACUGUCGAGGAGAAAGCAUUCUUCUGGGCAUGGAUCAACGUGGACGUUUCAGUGCACUAGCCAGAGAAGACAACAUCAGUGGGGUUCACACGGCGAAGGCGUUGCUAAGUAAACGUCUACCGCUAACGGUCAGAUUGGUUCACGGGCAGCCACCGAGAGGCUUAAAAUCUUCAUCCCAGUUCGUGCCGGAGCUUAGGCUCCUUUCGACCUUCGAAGAGGAACACGUGUUCGCUUUGCCCUUACAGAGAGAAGGAGCUGCCGUGGCGUUGCCAUUGGCGGCACCUUUGAAGUUAGUCAAGGCGAGAAACGAGGAGGCCCUUAGACUGAUGCAAGAAUUCACGAGGUUGAUCGAACGAGCCUCCCGGCUCGUAGCCGACGUCGCUGAUCGUGCUCAUGUUCUCGACGGUCGCUUAGGCGAAAGUAAGCCCUCGAGACAGACGAGAAGUGCUUCGGGAUUUCUCAGGCGAUCCUCGGCCAACUCGGAAAAUGCUCCUCUGAGUCAUCAUAGAAACAGCAACGGCAGUCAUCAUCAUCAUCAUCAUCAUUAUCACAGUAGCAGUCAUCAGACAUCCUCCGGUCACGUCGGAUACCGGGACGAAAAUCGCGUGCCUCCAUCUUCCUGCACCGAGGAUUAUGACGAGAUCGAUCAAAUUUACGAUUACGUUCGCGGCUUCGCGCCUUUACCCAAAAGCGUCAGAUCUCCCUACGAGAGCCCGUUGAAUCCCGGCCAAAGUUCCAGUCCACCGUUGACACCUGUCACCGUGACAAUUGCGCCAUUGCUCGACGAUAGACCGGAACCGCCACCGAUCGAGACCAUUCCUACCAAGAAAAUUCAAGCUGAAAAGAGAACGAGGCGAGCGGUAAAGGAAGCCCCUCAACCGAAACUUGAAAAGCCACCUUUGGCUAAGUUAUACGUUAAAAAUAGCGGCACUCAAAGGGGACGUCCUUUGAUGAGGCAAAAAAGCGCCUCGCCUUUAAAGGAGACACCACCUGGUUAUAAAGGUGGUUCCCCACUUUUCAAUAUACGCUAUAAGAGUCUGACAAAUUUGCAACAAGCUAUGGAACUUGACGGUACUUUAGAUUCCAGCCAUUCCGGUGGUAGGACAUCCGGUGAUUCCGGUGCUGGUGCUAAACUUCCAGAAAAGAGAUCGCGACGUUUAAGCAGACCAAGAUCGUUGACCAAUUUAGUCUGGGAACUACGAGGUGGAAGCGGGCUUGGAUGUACGAGACCGGAAACACCACCACCCGCUACCACUGCACCAUUACCACCGACCAAAUGCGGGCCCCGUUUAGCUGUCACGGUUGUAGCACCUCGACGCGUUGGCACGCUCUACCUCUAACUCAUCGACAGACGAAGGGCUAAAGAAGGCAAAAGAGCGGACCCAAGAAAAGAUCAAGGACUCUUCUUUAGUCUCCGACUAAUCAAAAUUUAUAGCCAGAGAAUGAUAGAGAGAGAGAGAGAGAAAAAAAAAAUUUGAGAAAUAACUGACAAAACAUUUUGUAUUAUUUAACUUUUAUGCCCGUGAAAGUCGGCCAUAUCGUUUCUAUUCGAUCGAUUGAGCUAACAUAAUAAAUACGAUCUUAUAUAGAAAGAAAGAAAGAAAGAAAGAAA